UCAGUUCUUUUUAUUUCUUCAUUUAUUUACAAUUCGUCGUGCACGAGAAGAAGAAGAAUUUUUUCUAGCUUCGCUAUAUGUAUUUCUACAUAAAAUGUAGAAGACAACGAUAAAUUUAUAUAUAAAAACAUAUAUAAGUUAUCAUGGAAAAAAGUUAAUAAACUAAUAUAAUAAAUGGUUAAAAAAAAACUUAUAAGAAACGUGACCAUUAUCACGAAAAAUCGAAGUUCUCAGAAACGGAAAUGAGACGCUGAUCGAGUGUGCUGCUUUGUUCAUAAUUUCGUGUGCAAGUACAAGUUUGCAUACGUGUGAAACAAAGAAGUGCAAGGUUUUACGUGUUUCCAUAGUUUUCGUUUGUGUGUUCUGAGUGCGUUGUCAGUUGUAUGGUUCAAAAUAAAGCAACAAAUCGUCGUGUUAUUCAUCAUCAUCAGCGGCGUCUCGGUACUGAGUAACAGCAAUUGUGUGUACGAAAAACACCAACAAAAAAAAAAAAGAAUCAUUAAAACAAAAAAGAAAUAAAACAGUUUCCAUAUUAUAUAUUCUAUUAUAUAUUGAAGGCGCCGACAUACAUUUUUAUAUACAUAUUAGAGAGAAAUUCCAUAUAAGCGAGAAAAUUAUAAUUUACUUUCGAUUUUCCGUUCGCUUUUCUUCGUUUCUUUCUUUUUUGCUAAAGUAAUUUUAAAUAAUUUACCGUGAAUUUCUCAUAUAAAAAUCAAACGAGAAACUACAAUAGAUCAAGCGGGAAGCGGAAUAUCUAUCUCAAAACAAUGGAGCGACGUGGACGUAUCCCUGUUGCCAAAUUUCGUACGCAAGAAGGUAAAACGCGUAGCCGAAGUCGUGUACGUGAUCCUGAUUACAAUGAGCAAGAUCCUGAGACGGAUUUGUUCACUUUGCUUGAAGACAAUAUCGCCUUGAAAGAGGAUAAUAAAGCUCUUAAAGUGCAACUUGAAGAAGAUAAAAAAUCGCAAAACGACUUAAAAGAUGAAAAUACGAAAUUAGCGGAACAAUUGCAAAAUAUUAAGAAACAAAACAAUGUCAUUGAAAGCGAUUUAAAAGAAAUGACGAUCAAAUUUGAUAAGUCACAAAUCGAACGUAAUGCUUUAGAUAAAUUGCAUAAAAUGCAAUGCGAAAAAAUUAACAGUCUUACGCUUGAAUUAAAGCAAUUGGAACGAAAUAGUUUAACAUCGUCUUUUACGGAAGUUAAUACAAUUACGGUCUCACCAAAUUUCACAUCGAAAUUGCUAAAAGCUUUACCAACACCAGCCAGCACUAGUGAAAUGGAAAGUAUAGUUGAAGUCAAUGAAGUGCCGUCGACUGUUUUAACUUCCGGUUUACUUGAAAAGUUGGUUGACGAAUUUUCUGCCUUGAAAAACUCUUUCAAUUUAGUUGAAUUGCAAUUGUACGAAGCUAAUGAGAAAAUUUCAGAAUUAUUGGAAACUCAACACCACAUGGAGCAAGAAAACGAAACUUUGCGCGUCGAAAAUGGCAAUUUAACCAAAGUGGCCAAACUCUUAACCGAAAAUAUGAAAGAAAGCGUGGAGACCAGUAAGAAAAUGGAAGCGGCUUUGAUUAAGUUAAAACAACGGAAUGAUGAAUUAACAGCCAAGAAUCGUGACUUAAUUGAUGGCCCUACUUCGCCAUCGCCGACAAACAUUAAAGAGAACGAAGAAUUUGAACAAAUUAAAGAAGAGGUAGAAUCACAAAACCGCGAUCACGGUGAACGUAUCGUUGAAAUGCAACAUCUUAUGGAAGCGGCUAUACAAAAAAAUACUAACGAUGAAUUAAAAACCUUACAAUUAAGAUUGAGCAUAUUGGAAAACGAAUUACAGCAGGCUAUAGCACGUGCCGAACUAGCCGAAAGUGAAUUAGAAAAGUAUAGAGUAAAUGAAAAAGAGCAAAAUGCUUUUCGUCCGCCAACGCCGCCACCCAUGCCAUCAAUCUUGUUAUAUAACGCAGCGAUGACGACGACGAUGCCCGUUUGUCGAUUGAUGCAACAUAAACAACAUCAAAGUAACAAUCAGGUUUCUUCGUUGUCUACUGUUGUUGCUACGACUACUACUGCUAGUACUACUGCUACUACUAAUAACAAUAAUGAUAGUAAUAAUAAUAACAAUAAUAAUGUUGCUGUAACCGUUACAGAAGUGAAUUCCUCAUGUAACAGCGUUAGUGGCAUCAUACCUCGUGAUGAAUCCAUUUUACGUAACAAACCUAAUAAUGUUCGUAGUAAACAUAAAAUAAUUGAUACAGUUAAACAACUAUUAAAACCAGAAACAGCAACAGGUCUUGACGCUUUAGUGAAUGAAUUGAAAUCAGGCAGCGUUACUUUGCGUCGUUGUCGUCGUAAAACCGGAACAAACGAAGCUUUGCAAGAAAUGUUUCAAAUAUUGGAGAUAAGUCAACAGCAAAAUCGUCAAUCGACGAUAUGCAUUAAUAUGAAUUCACCGUAAAAUUGAUGUUUUAAACAUAACAAUUUUUCUCUCACACACAUAUUACUAAGAAUUGCGUUUAAUAUUUUAAUAUACAAUGAGCUACUUAAUGAAUGCCCGCCCUCCUUCCUUUCGCUUUCUUAACUCGAUAACUGCCGCCUGCUAAAGCUUUAUAACAGU